AUGAGUUUCUUCAGACAGGUUAGACUUCUUCUAUGGAAAAACUGGAUACUCCGAAAACGGCAAAAACUACGUCUGCUGGUUGAACUUCUAUGGCCUGUUUCUUUAUUUCUUGUGCUGGUAUGGCUGAGGAAAGUUACUCCAGUCUACCACAAACAUGAAUGUCACUUUCCAAAUAAAGCUAUGCCUUCUGCAGGAACUCUGCCAUGGUUACAGGGCAUCUUUUGUAACGUGAACAACCCAUGUUUCAAAAGCCCCACCCGUGGAGAAUCUCCAGGUGUUGUCUCCAACUAUAAUAAUUCCAUUUUAGCAAGAGUAUAUCAAGAUGCUCAAGAGGUAUUGCUUGAAAUCAAUGAAAGAGACUUGCGUGUAUUCUGGGAAGAACUACGAACCAUGACCCAGUUUAUGGAAGCAAUGAGGACCAAUCCUGAAAAGGUUACAGGAAGAGGAAUACGAAUCCAUGAUAUCUUAAAAGAUGGAGAGAAUUUAACCAAGUUCCUGCUUGAAGAUGCAGGCCUUCCUGAUACCGUGGUCUACCACCUAACUAAUGCCGUUGUACGACCUGAACAAUUUGCCUUUGGUGUCCCAGACUUGACUUUGAAAGAUAUAGCUUGCAGCCAGACCUUGCUGAAUCGCUUUAUUAUCUUCCGGAGUCCAAGUGGCUUUCAGGCUGUGCAUAGUGCAAUGUGUGCCCUUUCCCAGGAAAAUUUGCAAAAGGUUGAAGACUCCUUAUAUGCAAAUGUGGACUUCUUUAAGCUUUUCCAUUUGCUUCCCACUGUUUGGGACAAUAAUGCACAAGGUGCUGACCUAGUGCUCUGGGGACGAGUAUUUUCUAAUAUAGCUCAAGCAGUACAAAAGUUAAUUCACAGGCCAAGCGUUCGGGAGGUUUUGUCAACACUCCAGCCACUUCUUCAAGAGGAAGAACCAGCAUCCUUACCGCAAUUGCUAAGAAUUUUAUCUGACCUGUUCUGUGGUUACCCAGAGGGAGAUGGAUCCAGAAUACUCUCUCUAAACUGGUAUGAAGAUAACAACUACAAGGUCUUCCUUGGAAUUGACACUAAAGAAAAGGAAUCCAUUUAUUUUUAUGACAACUCAACCACACUCUUUUGUAAUCAGUUGAUACAAACAAUGGAAUCAAACACUUUAACCAAAAUAAUUUGGAGGACUAUGAAACCAUUGCUAAUGGGGAAAAUCCUCUUUGCUCCUGAUUCACCUACAGUACAGAAGAUACUGAAGAAUGCAAAUUUCACGUUUGAACAACUUGAGCGCUUGAAAUUCUUGACUAAAGCAUGGAAAGAAGUGGGACCUCAACUGUGGUAUUUCUUCAAUGACAGUGUACAAAUGAACAUGAUCCGAGACACUUUGCAAAAUCCUACUGUGAAAAGUUUCUUAAAUGAACAAUUUGGUGGUGAAGGUCUAACUGUGGAAGAUGCUAUCAACUUUCUGUAUAAUGGACCCCCAGAGAAAAGAAAGGAUGAUAUGAGGAACUUUGAUUGGAGGAAUGUCUUCAGUAUGGCCAAUCAGACUUUUCAUAUGGCUUACCAAUACCUGGAGUGCUUGACCCUUGAUAAGUUUGAAGGCCUAGCUAAUGAAACUGACUUGAUUCUUCAUGCUCGCUCUCUUCUGGAGGAAAACAAAUUCUGGGCUGCUGUUGUCUUUCUUGAUGUGGAUGCAAGGGCCAGUCAACUGCCACCUCAUGUGAAAUACAAGAUACGCAUGGAUAUUGAUGCUGUGGAGAAAACGAACAAAAUCAAAGAUAGGUACUGGGAUCCUGGCCCAAGAGCUGACCCAGUGGAUGAUCUGCGCUACAUCUGGGGAGGGUUUGCUUAUCUGCAAGAUAUGAUCGAGCAAGGGAUCAUCAAAACUCAGACCCGUGCUGAUGUGCCUUCAGGGAUAUACCUACAACAAAUGCCCUAUCCCUGCUUUGUAGAUGAUGUCUUCAUGAUUACUUUAACGCGUGCCUUUCCCAUCUUAAUGGUGCUGGCUUGGAUAUACUCUGCUUCCAUGACUGUGAAAAACAUCGUGUUGGAGAAAGAAAUGAGGUUGAAGGAGGCCUUGAAGAACAGAGGAGUCACCAACGGGGUGAUUUGGUUCACGUGGUUUUUGGACAGCUUCCUCAUGAUGACCGUGAGCACAUUUCUCCUGACGGCUCUCAUUACGUAUGGCAAAGUGCUUCGGUACUGCAACCCCCAAGUUCUCUUUCUGUUCCUGUUAACUUUCGCAACCGCCAGCAUCAUGCAAUGCUUUUUGCUCAGCACCUUUUUCUCCAAGGCUAAUCUGGCAGCUGCCUGCAGUGGAGUCAUCUAUUUUACUCUCUACCUGCCCCACAUCCUCUGCUUCAUUUGGCAGGAUUGGCUGCCUCUUAAGAUUAAGAUCAUGGUGAGCUUCCUUUCACCUGUGGCUUUUGGAUUCGGUACAGAAUAUUUAUCACGCUAUGAAGAACAAGGACUUGGAUUACAGUGGAAUAAUAUCCAAAGUAGCCCACUGGAAGGAGAUAAAUACAGUUUCUUGUUGUCUAUGGAGAUAAUGGUUUUUGAUGGCUUUGUCUAUGGAUGGCUUGCUUGGUACUUGGAUAAUGUCUUCCCAGGAGACUAUGGAAUUCCUCGGUCUUGGAAUUUCCCUUUGCAGCGAUCUUAUUGGUUUGGGAAGGCUAAGGAAGCAACAACUGCCAAUUUUUCUUUGUUUCAAGCAAAUCCAUAUUUUGAAGUGGAGCCCUCUGGUUUAAAACCUGGUGUGAGCAUCCAGAAUUUAGUGAAGAUCUAUCCCAAUUGUUCCAAGCCAGCAGUGGAUGGAAUGACGGUUACCUUCUACGAGGGCCAAAUCACCGCUUUCCUUGGCCACAAUGGUGCUGGAAAGACAACUGUUAUGUCUAUCAUUACAGGUCUAUUCCCACCUACAGCUGGAACAAUAUUGAUUGAUGGAAUGGACGUCCAAACACACAUCGAUUCCAUCCAGCAGAGUUUAGGCAUGUGCCCCCAAAACAACAUCUUGUUCAAUCACCUUACUGUUGCAGAACACAUUCAGUUCUAUGCCCGGUUGAAAGGAAGAAGCAAAGCAGAGGCAAAACUGGAAAUGGAAAAGAUCCUGGAAGACAUUGGCCUACCACAGAAAAGGAAUGAAGAGGCUCAAAAUCUGUCAGGUGGCAUGCAACGGAAACUAUCUAUUGCCAUUGCUUUUGUGGGUGAAGCAAAAGUAGUAGUUCUAGAUGAGCCUACAUCUGGAGUGGAUCCAUACUCCAGACGCUCUAUUUGGGAUCUCCUUCUGAAAUACCGCUCAGGCAGAACCAUCAUACUGUCUACCCAUCACAUGGACGAGGCCGAUAUCCUUGGAGAUCGCAUUGCCAUCGUUUCCCGAGGAAAGUUGCACUGCUCAGGAUCGCCCGUUUUCUUAAAGAACUCCUUUGGAUCAGGCUUUUAUCUCACCUUGAUUCGCAAGAGGAAAAGUGUUGAAAAUGGUCUAAAGAAUGAAGUAAGUGGAUCCAAGUGUUCCUGUUCCUGCUCCAGCUGCUGUGCAUCUGUAGACAAAGGGGGUAGUGUUGAAGAGGAGCUAGAGGGUAAUGUGAAUGAACUGAAUGAAAUUAUCCACCAUCAUGUUCCAGAGGCCCAGUUAAUUGAAAGAAUUGGUCAGGGACUUGUCUAUCUUCUACCAAAUAAGAAUUUUAAAGAACGAGCCUAUUCCAGUCUUUUCAGAGAAUUAGAGGAAACCCUGGCUGACGUGGGGCUCAGCAGUUUUGGGAUCUCAGAUACACCGCUUGAAGAGGUUUUCUUGAAGGUUACAGCUGAGGCUGACCUUGGAAUACCCAAUACAGGUAUAUAUUCCAUGAUCACAUCUCCGAAAGCCAAAGUUGUUGUGAAAAGUCUCCCAUAUUUUAAUACUACAAAUUUAGCUGCUAAUUCCGGAGCUGCACAGGAGAAUGCUUUUGCUGGGGCCAAAGAAGGAAUCUCCCAAAGAGCUUCAACAAACAGUUGUGCUCCUCUGGAUGGAGAUAAGGAUGAUGGAAAAGGAUCUUGGCAAAAUAAAGGUGGCCGGCUUAUACUUCAGCAGAUUAAAGCUCUUCUCAUCAAACGUUUCCAUCAUACCACCCGUAGUAUCAAAGACUUCUUGGCUCAGAUUGUUCUACCUGCUAGCUUUGUGUUGCUGGCUCUGAUACUUACAGUCAUCAUCCCUCCAUUUGGUGAAUAUCCCAGUGUAACACUCCACCCUUGGAUCUAUGGACAUCAGUUUACUUUCUUCAGCAAUGAACGGCCUGGCAGUGAACAAAUGGUUUCUCUUAGUGAUGCCUUUUUAAAGAAACCAGGAUUUGGAAAUCGUUGCUUGAAGAAAGAACCCCUUCAUAACUACCCUUGCAUUGCUACAUCGAUGGCCUGGAGGACACCGCCUGUCCCUUACCAUCUGUCUGCUCUUUUUCGGAUUAACACAUGGAGUCCUGACAACCCCUCACCUGCGUGUGAAUGCAGCACUAGGAAGAAACUCACCAUGCUACCAGAGUGUCCACUGGGAGCAGGUGGUCUUCCUCCACCACAGAGGGUUCAGCAUAGUACAGAAAUUCUUCAGGAUCUCACUUACCGAAAUAUUUCUGAUUUCUUGGUGAAAACAUACCCCACUCUAAUAAGAAGCAGCUUAAAGAGUAAAUAUUGGGUCAAUGAGCAAAGAUAUGGAGGAAUUUCCAUUGGAGGGAAACUUCCAAUGCUGCAUAUUACUGGAGACCAAAUUGUUGAUUUUAUGAGGGACCUUGGUCGAAUGAUGAAUAUAACAGGGGGUGAAACAACAAUGACUGUCGCUAAAGAAAUGUCAGCUUUUCUUAAAUAUAUGGAAACUGAACACAAUAUUAAGGUGUGGUUUAACAAUAAAGGCUGGCAUGCUAUAGUCAGUUUUCUCAACGUAGCCAACAAUGCAAUUCUGAGAGCCAAUCUGCAACAAAAUAGAGAUCCAGAAGAAUAUGGGAUAACUGCUAUUAACCAUCCACUGAACCUCACUAAGGAUCAGUUGUCUGAAAUCACUGUGCUGACCACCUCAAUAGAUGCUGUUGUUUCCAUCUGCGUGAUUUUUGCCAUGUCUUUCAUCCCAGCAAGCUUUGUCUUAUAUCUGAUCCAAGAACAAGUGACAAAAGCCAAGCAUCUCCAGUUUGUCAGUGGUGUGAGCCUUUUUGUUUACUGGUUCACCAAUUUCCUUUGGGACAUA